UUCGGAAGUCAGUCUCCCCACCAGAAAUAAAAAAAAAAUAUGUUUGUAUCCCCGGGCCACAAGCCCCGUAAAGAAUCGAUACACUAGCAUUUCGUAACCCAUUAAUCUUAUAGACUUUCGGUCGACGAGUUGAAGAAGAAGAUAUCAUCUGUCGAGCUUGAAGAAGCUCCAUUGAAUUCAAAUUAAUAUUUGAAUCGAAAACACAGACUUGAAUUUGCAGUUGCUCUUGGGUUCUAGCAUCAAUGACUGGGAUUAAUAGGAAAGGGAAGGCAACUUGCGGUGAAAGUCCUGGGAGAGCGUUGGUUGACGGCAUAGAACCUGAAUCUGCAAGCAUGCUUGGUAGAGUCGAUCUGGGACUCAGUAGCUUCAUUAAUCCUGAGCUGACUUGGAAGAAUAGGCGAUCUAGGAACUCUCUCGAUCUAAAAUUGAAUGUUGGUGCUGAAUUGGGUACCAGAAACUGCAAAAGGGAUCCGGACUCGUCUGAAUCUGAGGAAAUUGGUGUUGCUGUUCUUGGACAACACUUUGAUGAGAAAAUAGUUAAUGUUCCAAUAAAGAAAAGGAGAUUUUCGAUCAGGCCUCCAUUACCUCCAUCACCGCCACCGAGAACUCUUUCUCCAGAUCACAAAGAUUCUUUGUUGCCUCCACUGCAAACUCCUCAACAAGCCAUAGAGUCUGAGCAGAUUGUAGAUAUCAAACCUUUUGGUGCAGGUAUACAGCUUUCACAGGGUUUUCAUCACAACAGCAAAAAAAGGGUUUCUGAUAACUUUGUAGCACCAAAAUUUGAAGGCAAAGUUGAUGAGGUUCCAAAUGAUAAGAAAUAUGAGAUGCUAAAAGAAGGGUAUGCUAGUUAUGACUUCUCUGGUAUUGAACUGCUUGCUGCAACUGCCUGCUGUAGCAGCAUUGACAAUGAUGUGAAGCUAGAGGAGACGUGUGCACUGAAAGCAUUUGCAAAGGUGGAAGCUGUUGAUUAUCCUAAUGCCACUAUACCUUUUAUUGAAGGUAUUGCAUCAUCUGUAACAAGCCAUGUCUCUGGCAACGAGUUGGUAAAUGAAGAUGAUAGAACAACUAUUGCUGCAGUUAGUAAGAAUGUGCAUGACGGUGUAGUUAGGAACCGUGCACAUUGGGACCUGAACACUCUGAUGGAAGAAUGGGAAGACCCAGGUGAUGUUACACCUAUUGAUUGUCAGAUAAAUUACUCAGAAAUGGUCACUGGUGGUACUCAUUGUGAAAAAAUCAAUACAGGGCAGAGCAAUAUAAAUGUCCUGGCUAAUACUGAUAGAGAUCAGAAAUCUAUACUGUUUAAAGAGGCUCUGUCGGAUGUUGGAUGCUUUAAGGAACUUGCAGACGGCACUGGUGUUGCAGUUGGCAGAUCUUGCAUAGAUGAAGAUGCAUUGAAAUUGUGCUCGUCUCCUGAUGGAACUGAUAUGAAGCAAUAUUGUUCUACAACUGAACGAGUAAAAGAGGUCUCAAAUGCUCCUGUUCAUGAUACAAUAGCUUAUCUUCCUCUUACAAGUAUAGAGGCAUCCGGUAAUUAUCUAUGCCCAGAAGUACAACAUACUGCAAGCUUACAUGUUUUUGAAGAAAAGAUGUAUGCUUCCAAACGUGAACUCGAGCAAGUAGGAGGUAUUUCAUGUGGAUUUAAGGUUGAAGAGAAUGAGAAACUGUCAUCAGAAUGUCUUGAGGUUGGGAAACUCAAUAUUUUUGCUCCUAAUUUACCACUUCUAAAUAUUAGUCCUCUUGAGAUUGAUGAAACCCAAAUCAAAGAUUGCAAUUAUUUUGCGAAUACAACCGGGUCACCCAAUAGCAAGACUCCUAAACGGGAGGUGAUAAGCACAGCUACCUUUAAGGUGUCAGAUGCAAUAAACCCUAUGGUUGAAAUAUAUAGAACUAAUCAUUCCCAUCUUUCUCCCAAGAGUGAAGCUUUAUCUGCUUCAAGCACAUCUGUUGCCGUUGGUGAGGUGAAGCUUCUUUCCAACAAGGUGUCUGCAGCUGAUAGUAAUGUAAUAGAUGAUGCAGUGAAUUAUGGACCCAUAGGACUCGUUGUCAAAUAUGAUUGCCCAAGCAAGUUUGAUCAGGAUAAUAAUAUGAGUGACUGCUAUGAUAAGGAUAGUAAGAAGGCUUACAAUAAUUACGUUUCAGAAUUUGAGACUGGUUAUGAUUCCUCAUUUGAGGAUGGAGAAUUGAGGGAGCCGGGUGUAUAUACUUGGGAAGAUGAUGACUUAGAGGGGGAAAUUGAAUGCGUGGACUAUGGUUCAGAAUAUGGUGAUAAAGAUUAUUUGGACACUGUUAACUCUAACUCGGCACAUGUGGAGAAUGGUCAUGAUGGUUAUCAAAGUUAUAGAAAGAGAACUUUGUCAUUAAAUAAUAAUGGCAUCACAAAAGUUGGUGAUAACACAGUAGCCGUGGUUGGUGAUUCUAAGCCACUUAAACAAUGUUUUGGUGGCAACUUUCGGGAUGAUAGACAUUUAGCUUUCACGGAGGCUAAAACAUUUGGUGGGAACUGGUACAAUAAACAUUUUGCAGAAGGUAAAGUUAAUGGUUAUGAUGACAAAAGUUUAUAUGCUGGUGAAUCUGGGACAAGGACAUUCAGGGGUAACCAAUUAUCUUUUAGCAAAGGACCUUCACCUUUUGAUUCUGUAGAAAAGAAAAGUUAUCUAGGCGUACAUAGGAACAGAUUUGACAACUCUAAUUACUCAAAUUCUAGAGCUGAGAGGGGAUCUUUUCUAGAAAAAUCCAGGGGAAGGGGCAGAUUCUCAUAUAAACCUUCUGCUGGGAGAAAUGAGACAGAUGGUCAACGGGUUGAUUGCCCAACUAGCUACCGAGGCACAAGAAACCGUUACCAUGGCCCAGAGGGUCAUGCCUAUUCCAGGCCCAGAGAUUUAACUGCUUGUUUUGCCACCAGAAUUGGUGAACCUAAAUAUGAAGAUGACAGGCGAUCAAUAAUUUAUUCAUCAAAUAUUGGCCGUCGCCAGUCUUCCAUGGGGAGGAGAUCACCAGCUAACAGGGAGGAUUCUUAUGUUGUCCAGAGAGAGAUACCACCAGUUCGAGGUAUAGACCAAGAUAAGAGUAGAGGCAGGUGGGGACAAUAUACUCAAGGGAUCAGGAGAAUACCUAAACCUGAGUACUCUGAAGAUAUACCUCCUAAUGACGCUGCUCGGUGUCGUAUCCGUAGAGAACCGUAUUUCGGGAGAGAAAAGGGGUUUUCUCCCUACUACGGUAGUGGCAAUUUUAUGCGUAGAAACUCCUGCUCACAAUCUCCAACGCGCUCUCUAGUUGCCUGGAGUUCACAGAGAGAUUGUAACAUGAAUACACGGAGGCGUAAUCCAGAUUUCAGGUCUGAUUCUAGAAGCGAAAAAAUAGGGUUUCCCUUUAGGAACACUUAUCGGGUUGAUAAUAAAGAAAUUUACAUGUCUCCACCAAAAAGUAGAGUGUCCCCUCAUAGCAACUCCAGAUGGAUUAAUGAUAGAAACUACACUGACAACCAUUUCAGGGACAAAAGGUCACCUUUCAGAGAGUUUAGAGGUGGGAGGCAGAGGAUGGAAUAUAAGGGCUAUUUUGGAAAGAGGUCGGAUGGUAUCUUCCAAGCCAAUAUACAUCAUGGAAGAUUUCAACAGGUUUCCAGCAGAAGGGAACCUGAACUUGAAGUAAACAUUGAUGAGAAAAGCAACCAUGAUGACAGAUAUGAGAUAAAGCAUCAAGUAAGGCAUUGUGAUACUGGUGGCACUGUAGGGAAAUUCCGCUAUAAUGCAAAUGAUUGCAAUGCUAAUGAUGACAAUCUUGAGCAUGCUAUUAAAAGGGAUAUACCUAGAAAUGGUGCUGGAGAAGAGAGAGGUUUGAGAUUUAAAAGCGGUGAUGAUAUGGGUGCUGGUGCUUUAUUUGCUGGGCAGCUGGAUUUUAGCGAGGAUGCUGCAACCAGGGAAGAAUAACAUGACCUUUGUAUUUGAAUACUCAUACUUUUUUUUUUCAAUUACAAGUGAAUCAGCACUUAGGAGUUUUGAAAUGGAUCUGAGGUGUUGGUUUGGGAGGAAGUAUAUAUAUUUUAUUCUUCCUGCCUAAUUCCAGCUGCCUCUGCCCUUAGAAAUGGUACAAUUUAGUUUUGCUUUUUUCCUUAGUUUCUUAAAUUGAUUCUAUAGCUCAUCCUUUUGUUUCCUUAGUCAUGUGUCAUAGUUUCCUGUGUGAUAACAUUGGCACUAUACAAAUCCAUAAUUUCACUGAGUAGCUAUGAAAUUUCAGCUAUUUUCAA